AUGUCACAGGAAGAAUUGCAGCAAGAGCUUGAUGCUAUAGAUGCCAUAUAUCCCGAGUUUAUGGAACGUUUAUCCGAUACUCAAUGCAUGCUAAAGGUUCCGGAGUAUGACUUUAUAAAAGUCCAUCUUUCGUUUCCAAGUGGCUAUCCUACUGAAGCGGCACCGCAAGUGCUGGAAAUUGACGGUACUGGUGCAAAUAAAGCACUGCGAGAAGAAUUCGAAAAUGUGAUGAAAAGCGUUUGGAACUGUGAUGUGUGUGUCUUCGAUUUCUUGUCAGAAGCAUCGGACCUAUUAUGCUCAAAUUACAGCCAGGAUGAGCUCCGCGCAAAUUCGUUGGAGCCUUCAGAUGAGCUACUGGCUCAACAACUAGAAAAUUUGGAACUUGAAAAGACCAUUGAAAAAAUGGAUAUCACCUGGCAUCAAAGCGAACCCGUAGUAGAUCGUGGGUCAACUUUUAUAGCCUUCACGACCCAGGUCUCGAAUGAAGAUGACGCACGUUUGAAACUAGACCAGCUGCGAAUGGACUCCAAGGUGAGUAGGUGUCAGCAUGUCAUGACCGCCUGGCGGAUCCAUGGCCCGGGCAGUGUGACUUACCAAGAUUGUGACGACGACGGCGAAACUGCUGCAGGCGGUAGACUGCUGCAUCUAUUAACCCUUAUGGACGCUUGGGACGUUGUUGUUGCGGUUGCCAGAUGGUUUACCGGCACUCAUAUCGGCCCAGACCGUUUCAAGCAUAUCAACUCCACUGCACGCGAUGCAGUGCUGAAAGGCUCGUUUGUUGACGCUUCCAAGGCUGGGAAAAAGAAGAAAUAG